UUGAAUUAAAAUGACUCCGAAACCUGAGCGAACCAUCACUAUCGUAUCAGUCGUGUUCGUCCGUUUUGCUUUAUAGUGCGGUUAGUCAGCGAUUUUCACGUUCUUAGUCAACUUUUGUAGGCGCGUUUGUGACGCAGAUACGCCCUCAUUAGCUCAUGAACCAUUAGUUUCGGUUUUCUGGCUGUAUCCCGCAAGAGAGGUUCUCUGACUGAUAAAAUGGUCGCGGGUAACGAAAUGUACAGCGAUGAUAGCACCGAGGAAAUGGAAGUUGAAGAUCCCUACUGUUUGGAAUCGAGCCCGCUGAAAUUGUCGUUUGAAGACAUUACGUCGGCCGCUUAUAAGAUAAGAGAUGGCGUGGUCAAGACGACAUGCAUGAGAUCGCAUUUAUCCAGCAUGGUGGAGAUGGAACUGUAUUUGAAAAAAGACUUUGUGCAAUACACCGGAAGCUUCAAGGAGCGCGGCGCGUGCUACGCGCUGAUGAUGCUGACGGACGAGCACAAGCAGAACGGCGUCAUAUCCGCGUCGCUGGGCAAUCACGCGCAGGCCCUGUGCUACCACGGCAAGCGGCUCAACGUGCCGGUGACGGUGGUCAUGCCCACGGUCGCGCCCAUCAUCAAGAUCGAGGCGUGCCGCAACUUCGGGGCCACCGUCAUAGUGCAGGGCAACAACAUGAAGGAGUCCAAGCACUUGGCCCUGAAGCUGUCCAAGGAGAAGAACAUCAUGUACAUCAACGGGUACGACCACCCUCACAUAAUGGCUGGCCAGGGUACGGUUGGACUCGAGAUAUUGGAAGACGUACCAGAUGCCGAUGCAAUCGUCGUUCCAGUCGGAGGCGGAGGCUUAUUGGCCGGCGUGUCAUUGGCGGUGAAAACUCUAAAGAAAAACUGUAAAAUAAUUGGCGUCGAAUCCGAUCGGGUACCGAGUUUCUCGAAAGCCAUGGAAUACGGGAGGCCCGUGACCGUGGAGGGCAAGUCCACGCUGGCCGAUGGGUUGGCCGUGCCCAGAGUCGGUUGCAACGCGUUCGCCACCGCCGCGAAUCUAGUCGACAAAAUGAUCAUAGUAACGGAGGAAUGGAUAUCGAUGGCUAUUUUGAAAUUAGUCGAGACCGAAAAAUGUGUGGUCGAAGGUGCCGGAGCUAUUGGUCUCGCAGCCGCGUUAUCUGGUCAACUAGACGAGUUUGUGGGGAAAAAAGUCGUGUUGCUGUUAUGUGGCGGGAACAUCGAUACCUCAGUGUUGAGCAGAUGCCUGGAUCGAGGGUUGGCCAUCGACGGGCGACUGGUGAAAUUCCACGCGACCCUUAGCGAUCGGCCCGGGGGUAUCGCGGAACUCUGCAGGAUAUUGGCUACGAUCAAUGUGUGCGUGAAGGACAUAAUACACGAGAGGGCUUGGCUGUCCGACGACGUUUUUAGUGUCAGGGUCAAAGUCGUGUGCGAAACGAGAGACUUGAAACACGCCCGUCAACUCCAGGAAAUCGUGAAAAAGAACUACAGCUCUUCCGUAUUCGGUAACAUACCAUUACCCAAGGUUCUUUAGAUUAAACAGAUUUUCGCAUCUCAUUAGAGUUUUUGUAAUUUGGUUUUUUUUCAACUUGAUUUCAUUACGAAAUAUUAUAAUUUAUACUCUUUUU